AUGGCUACACAUGAAGAGUUUAUCAGAACACAAGUGUUUGGUACGGUGUUCGAGAUCACAAACCGUUACACGGAUUUGAAUCCCGUCGGGAUGGGGGCAUUUGGUCUCGUUUGCUCGGCCACGGACACUCUGGCUCAGCAGCCGGUGGCGAUCAAAAAAAUCAUGAAGCCCUUCUCGACAGCAGUGCUGGCAAAAAGGACAUAUCGGGAGUUGAAACUGUUGAAACAUCUAAGACACGAGAACCUGAUCUGUCUGCAGGACAUAUUCUUGAGUCCGUUGGAAGAUAUUUAUUUUGUCACCGAGCUACAGGGCACUGAUUUACAUCGGCUGUUACAGACAAGGCCCUUGGAAAAACAGUUUGUUCAGUACUUCCUAUACCAGAUUUUGCGUGGAUUGAAAUAUGUUCACUCGGCAGGGGUGAUCCACAGGGAUUUGAAGCCAAGCAACAUUUUGAUAAACGAAAACUGUGACCUAAAGAUAUGCGAUUUUGGGCUCGCCAGGAUUCAGGAUCCUCAGAUGACUGGGUAUGUCUCGACACGGUACUACAGGGCGCCGGAGAUCAUGUUGACGUGGCAGAAAUACGACGUAGAGGUCGACAUCUGGUCGGCAGGCUGUAUCUUUGCAGAGAUGACCGAAGGUAAGCCUUUAUUCCCAGGCAAGGAUCACGUGCAUCAGUUCUCUAUCAUUACCGAUUUGCUUGGUUCACCGCCAGAGGACGUUAUCAAUACCAUUUGUUCCGAGAAUACGCUCAAGUUUGUCACUUCGCUGCCUCACAGGGACCCGGUUCCUUUCCACGAUCGGUUCAAGACUGUGGAGCCGGAUGCGGUGGAUCUAUUGGAGAAAAUGCUGGUCUUCGAUCCAAAGAAGAGAAUCACUGCAGCAGAUGCCCUGGUACACCCAUAUCUGGCACCAUACCAUGAUCCGACUGAUGAACCAGUGGCAGACGCUAAGUUCGAUUGGCAUUUCAACGACGCAGAUCUGCCAGUGGACACUUGGCGCGUGAUGAUGUACUCCGAGAUUUUGGACUUCCACAAGAUCGGCGGUGGCGACGGUCAGAUCGACACCUCUGCUACGUUCGAUGACCAGGUGGCAGCAGCCACUGCCGCUGCCGCUCAGGCGGCUGCCACCGCUCAAGCACAAGCUAGAGCGAAUGGCUCUACUCGGCCGUUGAACGGCAGCAGGAAUGGAAACGCAAAUUCAAAUGUUAAUUCAAAUGCAAGCUUGAAGGCUGCUCGGGACGCUGCCAACGACACAAUCACGAACUAUGGUAACCAGGCGAUUCAUUAUGCCAAUGAGUUUCAAUAG